AAACACCAUUUCAUAGAUUCAACAAUACUUGUCAUUGUUCUAUUGUCGUCUGAUGCAGACUCAAAGACUUAAAACCGUUUGCAGCUAAAGGAAACCAUUUAUUUGUGUUUGUGUGUGUGUAUGCAGGUAUCUUUCUUGUAACCUGCAUCCAGUCAAACUCCUGUAGUGAAACGAUUUGUCAAUGACUUUUUUUCUCAUGCUGGAUACAUUUCUUAAUCAAGAUCGAUUUUAUGACAGUCCAGUCGGCAUACCAAGCCAUUUGGUCAAGGAUCAAAUCAAUACCUUACCUUUAGGUUUCAAAAGCAAAUCUGGCAGGUGCUAAGGGCCGUUCGCAGUGUUGAUAGUAUGGCCAGAUAUAGUCAUGUGCUACGCAACGACUGCUCGAGGAAAAUGACAGCCGACACAGACGUUGAUGGGUUUCCUACUUUACGACACAGUUCUGCUAAGGCCAGCAAUGAUUGCGCGAGUUAUUAUGUGGCCAAAACAUGAAAAGUUGUAUACAUGACAAUGCUAGCUUGAUACUACUCAAAAGUACGUCCAAGCGUUCAGCUCGAUAGGCCCCAUACGAAGUGCUCUAGAUCGCGGGCUGGACGCAGCCUAUGCUGGUGAACUUUAUGGAAGAACGUGCAUCAAGCAAUAACACUGAAACUUUGAUGAGCCAAGAUGCGAGAAAAGUUCACUCCUCGCCGUUCCCAGCAUGGGCUCCUGCAGUUACUGUCGCAGCGGCCAUGAUGAUUUUUUUGGCGGCUUCUUUUUACAUUCGUCAUCGCAAGGUUGUUAAGAAGAGAGAGCUCUUAAUGGACUAUUUCUAUAUUAUUUUUCAGUACGGGGGCCUCAGGAGAAAAAGAAUGGUCGCAGCACUGUGCAACACCAAUGCCAUCACGUUGAGAGAACUAGGUCGCUCUUUUAUGAUCAGCUUUGACUCCAUCGCAAACUCCGACAACAGCUGUCCCUUUUAUCUUGAAGAUGCCAGCUAUCCACCCGGGUCCAACUACAUACCUGGCGCAAACAAGAAAACGUUUUUCCGCAGCAGGGGCAUGAUCAGCGGGAAGAAAGCUCGUGGUCCUUUCCGCCGAUACAACACGCAGUCAGACGAGAGCCCUAGUCUCAACCCGGUGUCCCUUCAAGACAUCCUCAUGCGGUUCAAGACGAAGCGUUCAACUGUUACAAGUCCAACACCUGGUCGCAACUUCAAAAAUCGCUAUGGAAAGCUUGAAGGUAGCUCUAUGUGUGCCAUACAUGGAGAUGAGCUUGACUACAACUCAUACAUUGAAGAAAACGAAGAGCCUCAGUACAGAAGACAGAGGAGAAAUGCCUAUGUGGCACAAACCGAUUCUCCUGGCUCUCGGUUCGCAGAUAUUGUCACCGAGGUUGGCAGACGUUCUUUGGGCAGUGUUGUGACCCACACUUCGACUUCUCCCUAUCCGGGAAAACGCAAUUCAGAGCCGUGGCAGACUCUUGAGGGUGGGUGUCACUGUUUAGAGCAUCAGCACGAGGUUAGCCAACAUCCAAGAGUCUUUCAGCUUAACAGUGAACGUCUUUCUCCGUCCAACGUUGUUUGUGGUAGCCAUGGCUACAUCCCAAAACUUGCCGCAGCCGGCUCUUUAGGCGGGUCAUGUUGCUCAUACAGAAAUAGUGAGCCAACUAUUGUCAUUCAUCCAGCAAGCAUAGACGUUGAUCCCACCCAAGGAUGGACAGAUAUUCGUAACAAACACACAAAUGGUAUUGUCUUUCUGAAAAAAGUACCUAAAGGCGAUGGUACAACAGGAGAGUUUUAUUAUGAAGAACAGAGAGAACCCUCAGUUGACCUUGCUAGGCGUGCAAGUCUCAGCAAGGUGAGUUAUGUGCCUUCAGGGAAUAUGAACGAAUAUUACAACUGUUUAGCUAGCCCAAAGAAAACUAACGCUGAACCGCCUAUAGGCACCAAUCCAGUCACCAAGAGUCCUUUAAAAGGUGCCAACUUGCAACCAACUAAAAAUAAAAGAAGUAGGCUAAGUUUGGGGGAGAUAGCCGUCAGCAAUUUCAACAGGAGAAUAGAGAUUGUCAGCGAAAGCCUUCACGAAUCUUCUGCCCAUGAGUCUUCAUUGGAGAGUAAGGGUUCACAAGAAGCUUCAGCCAAUCCUCAUCAUUCUAAAUAUAAAUCCACGUGGCUGAAGUUUAAAAACGUGUUCAGCGGAAGUAGGUCUUCCAACAGUGGCAAAUCUUCUAAGUCGAUCUCGCUCAUUGAGGAUCGUCAAAGACGGCGCAACAGAAGGCAGGACUCGCGUUGGAAGAGAUUUUUCAGCGUUUUUACCGGCUUCACGUCUUUGCCGGAAACCAAGGUCACUAGCCAUUCGUUGGAUUGUCCGAAAUGCAGUGCCAGCGCUCCUAGUGGAUUGGACUGUCGUACAAAGUUUCACAGUAUGGAUAUAGAGUCGGGUCUUGGUUUGUUGGAUACGGCGAUGUCGAGGUCUUCAACUCAUGACGAGAAGACUCAACAAUGUUCUGCAAAUAGAACUCCUAUUUGUCCACAAUCUUCUCGGUUGCCUGCCCAUACUCAGUCGGUACCAGAAGAACUGAGCAAACUUCGUUAUCAAUACCAACCUAAAAGACCCCAGGAUGUAAGCUUUCUUCCUAGACGAUAUAGGAAGAGAUUCGAUCCCACCGAAGCUUCAUCAUUGUCACUUCCAUUGUCAAGAAAAGAUUUCGGAUCAUUUGCUGCUAAAUCUGGAUUGAACUUUUCUCUGGACUCCCCCACGAAACCAGAAACUAAACAAGAUUUCGCUGAGACAUUUCCUUUAUUAUCAGCAAACAGAUUACAGCAAUCAGGAUCAACUGGAAAAGGAAGUUUAGAUAAGGUGUUCUUCAAUCGUAGAGUUAGAAAUUUAAGCCCCCUUCCUGAAACAUGUUGUGGCGGUCCUAAAACCGGGCUGUCAAGCCUCAAUACUGAGGGGGAUAACAUUUCAGAGGGAAGCAUUUACUUGACCCCCUCGAACUUUAUCAGAGAACACAACCUGAGCAAAGAAAAUGACUUUACUUUGAACUUUGUAGAAAACAUGGCCUUGCAUAACAAACAACGCUAUAGAUCAAGCGAUUGUCUUAUAAAGGUUGAAGAUCCUGUCACUGAUAUUGUCCACGUUCGUAAAGUCUUCUCAGAAACGUCUUUGGCUCAAGCGUCAAAAAAACAAAUCCGUACGAGAAACUUUGUGACUCCUGAUAUUAAGCUAAAUGAAAAUACUACGAACUCUGUUAGUCAUGAUUACAGUAAUUGCAACUUUUAUAGUUCAAUAAACAUCGCUUCUGAAGAAAGUAAUUCACCAUCUGAUGAGAUAAAUUAUCCACAACAUUUAUUCUCUAGUAUUUUUCAUUUGGAACAAAAACCAUUCGGCCAAAGCAGUGAAACGGUUUACUUUGACUCCGUCAGCGCUGUUGGAACUCCGAGUGCUACUUCACCUCUAGACUCAGGGAAGACUUUCAGUGAUGCUCUUAUGUUAUCUAAUUGUAAACCUUGUUUGUCUCAUGACUUGGACAACAAAGCUAGUUCACUAGAAAACAUCAGCAUGGGGUCUGAAUAUAACUCCCCUUCGCUCAAUCCAAGUCAAAUAUCGUCUCCAUAUCUAUCAAGAAGUCCUUCGCCUUGUCAGUUCUGGCAGAAUUCACCAAAGAACUUCAGCCAAUUAGCAAUACCAACACCUACAAGAAGUGCUUUUGUGAGCUCUGUCACCGCAGCACAAUCUCUGACACUCUCGAAUGGUUUCAAUUUAGCACUUAAAACACAAUUACAUGGUUCAAAAAUACUGUUGCCUUUAAAGUCCACGACUGAAAAGCAAUUUGACAGCUGCACUACCAAACAAGCAGGAGACGGAACAAACUGUCACACUAAUGUUUCUGAAACGUCGCCUGAGAUUUACGUUCUUCAAAGAUGUGCCGAAGAUGGAGAUGGUAUCAUCCUGCUCAGCAAAGAAACACACAUGCCAAAACACAAAGACUUAGAUAAUGUGAUUUCAAAUAAUCUUUACGAAGACGUCUUUGACACUGACCUACAUAGUGAGCACGAUCAUACACAUACGAUCAGCCAAGUCACACCAGAAGGAACCAGGCACCCGACUCCUACUCGGUCCUUCAGUACGCCUUCCCCUACCUUUGAAAAACCUUACACUAACCCUAGUGCCUCCCCUGAUGAGCUCUACAGAGCUAAUGUGUCUAGACUGCCAAGGUUUGCCAGACGUGCCAGUCAAGGCGCACCAGUGCCAUACGUUCAGAACCAAGAUUUUAUUACUGCCCGAUUAGCAGGUGAAAAGAAUGGACCUCUGAGAGAAAGUAGUACAGAAGGGAAAGAAGCACCAGUCGGACACGUGACCAGCAAUAUUCUCUAACACAGGAUGACUUUGUCAAUAGUGAAUUUUUCUUUUCUAAAUCUGGCAUCGCUGUUAAUGGAGCGCAACGCAUUGAUUGAUUCCUGGUCAAAUAUGUUCCAACAAUCGCUGUCAAUGCAGAUAAUUAAUGAAGGAUCAAAUCAUGUCAAAGAACAACUGCUUAAAGUUUGUUUUAAUUUGGAUGGAACAAUAAAUAAAACAAAAAAGAUAAAUGCCAUAUACGUGUGUCAUUAAAUAGUAAUGUGAAUUAAAUGUUUUAUGACAUUCGUCACGUAACGUCAUAGAUCACUGACCAACAGUCUUUGAGAGAUCAUCUUUCAAUGUAAUGUCAGCAUACAUUCAAGUUGAUCUGGGUAUUAUGACUUUAUGGCUAGAUAUGAGUCUCAUUUCAGCAUAAAGAUGAAAAUGUAAUUCAAUACCAUUCUAAGUUAAAUGUCCAGCCAUCACUACCGGUUGUAGGCUUCCCUCAGUCGUAUAACUGAUAGGGUUCAUCUCGUAGAACACUUUUACAUGUGACUGUGGAGCUCUUUUAUCAAGAGACCAUUUUGUCCAUACAUAUAGCAGGUUAAGGUGACAUUCCCUUUGGUGGUAGAGGAGCCAGCCAUAUUGGUUUGGUACGCUUCCAGAACUCAGGCCCAUGUUGUUGUUUUUUCACCGUCUAUAGCUUCCUUGGUCACUACUUAGUGUGGUCAAGGGCUAUGUCUUCCCAGUGGUCAACAUCAAUGUCCACUGGUCUGAUGUCCCAUUUGAUCACAUUCACACGUUGGAGGUUGGAAUGACCAGUUUUUCUUGAACCUGUCGCGAGUUGUCAAUAAAGGAUGACUUUCAGGGUACGAUUGGUCUCCAUCCGGCGGACAUGGCCAAGCCAAGGCAAGUGAUAUACAUCCGUGUUUGGUCAUGUGAUUUUCAGGAUCCUUCGGAAGCAGCGCAAGUGAAAAGAUCCUUUGGAGGUGGCGCAAUAUCACAUACUGAUAGCGUUGAUAAAUAAACAUUUAGACAAUAAUAUUUUGGGUAGUGGAAAAGGCAGAGAUCAACAAAUACGUUCAACAAAUUCUCAAUAUUUUAUAGCAGGCUGUUUAUUGUGGCUAGAUAAACUAGAACUAACUAGAAUGAAAUAAAUUUAACCUUUGUAUAAAUAAGUUUAGCCGCUCUAUAAAUAAGUUUCACCGUUGUAUGAAGCUGUGAUGUCACAGAUCCCUAUGACCUUCUUUCAAGCAAGACAAAAAAAAGGCUUCAAUUCUCUAAUCCUACUGGUGAUAUGCCUGACAAGGUCUUACAGAACACGAGAAAAGAAUCAAGUAACAAGGAACAUAAUUUGACAUUCAAAUUCACUCAAAGUUGUCUGCUGUUUCAACAAUAUUUUUUAACCCCCCUCUUUUUUUCUCUACUAGCUCUACUAAUGUGAUGUUUGCCCAGAUUGAGAUUUCUGUUUUGAUAUGUGAAAAAGAAAUUUGUGCAUUUAUUAGUCACAUUUGUUUUUGUUUUUUAUUAAAUUGCCUGCUUUACAAAUGUACUGACUUCAAGCUAUACAACAUAAGCUUAAAUUGUUUCACUCGCGAUACACAAAAUUGAAAAUUAACAAUUUUAGUUUACAGAAUAAAAAAAUGACAUAAAGCUAUAUAGCAGAAUAGAUGAUAAACUAAGAAAGAAUGAAGGUCGUUUCCUAAGGUUUUCAUUCAUUCUAUAUUUUGUAAAGAGCAAGUCGUCGAGUCUGUGUCUACAUUCAACUUGGCCGAAUAGUAAAGGCUCUUAGAGGCAACGCCAUUAUGGCGGGUUUGUAAUGUGUAGGCCAGCAGAACUUAACACUGACAAAAGCAGGGCUUUAGCAGCAGACCUCAGGAGGCUAUUAGCCAAUGUAUUCCCGCUUCCUUGGUCCCAUUAUUUCUUCUCCAGAUACCUAAUUGCCUAAUGCUUCCUCCAAUGAGGCGAGAGGUACAAGAAGAAAUGGGCCUUCUAGUACCGUAGAGUGAUUCACAUUUUAAGCUUGGCGUUUACUUUGUUUAAAAAAUGGAAAGACGCGACUCAAUCUUACAUUAGAUGAGAAAAGCGUGUAGGGCUACUUUGAAAGAGUAAAUGAAAUCCUUUGUUGUGUGUUUGUCAGGCUCUGUGUGCUAUGAUGUGUGGUACGCUAUGAGGGAAUGAUGUGUGAUCUGUGGGGUAUGCUGUGUUUUCUGUGUGCUAUGCUAUGUGGGAAUGAUGUAUGAUCUGUGGGGUAUGCUGUGUUGUCUGUGUGCUAUGAUGUGUGGUACGCUAUGAGGGAAUGAUGUGUGAUAUGUGGGGUAUGCUGUGUUGUCUGUGUGCUAUGCUAUGAGGGAAUGAUGUAUGAUAUGUGGGGUAUGCUGUGUUGUCUGUGUGCUAUACUAUGAGGGAAUGAUGUAUGAUAUGUGGGGUAUGCUGUGUUGUCUGUGUGCUAUACUAUGUGGGAAUGAUGUAUGAUCUGUGGGGUAUGCUGUGUUGUCUGUGUGCUAUGCUAUGAGGGAAUGAUGUAUGAUAUGUGGGGUAUGCUGUGUUGUCUGUGUGCUAUACUAUGUGGGAAUGAUGUAUGAUCUGUGGGGUAUGCUGUGUUGUCUGUGUGCUAUACUAUGUGGGAAUGAUGUGUGAUCUGUGGGGUAUGCUGUGUUGUCUGUGUGCUAUGCUAUGAGGGAAUGAUGUAUGAUAUGUGGGGUAUGCUGUGUUGUCUGUGUGCUAUACUAUGUGGGAAUGAUGUAUGAUCUGUGGGGUAUGCUGUGUUGUCUGUGUGCUAUACUAUGUGGGAAUGAUGUGUGAUCUGUGGGGUAUGCUGUGUUGUCUGUGUGCUAUGCUAUGUGGGAAUGAUGUAUGAUCUGUGGGGUAUGCUGUGUAGUCUGUGUGCUAUGCUAUGAGGGAAUGAUGUAUGAUCUGUGGGGUAUGCUGUGUUGUCUGUGUGCUAUGCUAUGUGGGAAUGAUGUGUGAUCUGUGGGGUAUGCUGUGUUGUCUGUGUGCUAUGCUAUGUGGGAAUGAUGUAUGAUCUGUGGGGUAUGCUGUGUUGUCUGUGUGCUAUGCUAUGUGGGAAUGAUGUGUGAUCUGUGGGGUAUGCUGUGUUGUCUGUGUGCUAUGCUAUGUGGAAAUGAUGUGUGAUAUGUGGGGUAUGCUGUGUUGUCUGUGUGCUAUGCUAUGUGGGAAUGAUGUGUGAUCUGUGGGGUAUGCUGUGUUGUCUGUGUGCUAUGCUAUGUGGGAAUGAUGUGUGAUCUGUGGGGUAUGCUGUGUUGUCUGUGUGCUAUGCUAAAUGAUAUGUAAACUAGUCUCCUUAUUUUAACAUGUCGUAGUGGUGAAUAAACUGCAUUAGAAAAGAUACAUUAAUUGUAUUUUUUGUUGACAAAUUCAUCAUCUGUGGGCUGUUGCUGUCCAGGCGAAACAACCAAUCAACUUAUCUCCCUUUUCAUAUUAUUUGUUAUAUAGUCAAAAGGACAAUUACAUUUCAACUUGUCUACCAUUCUAUUUGUAAUUUUCAUGUUAAUGUUAAUGAUCUAAGUAAAACUCUGUGUUUGUUAAUAUAAUACAUGGCAAUAAGAUUGUGAGUUUUUACACGCUGGCAUUGGAAAAAAGUAUUUCUUGUAACUUAAUUCCAUAUUGAAUCUUGCAUGUGUAUGAUUUCACUUUGAAUGUAUAACAAUGUAUACGUUUUAUUAUGUUUGUUUUUUUCUGUUUAGUUUGUCUUUAAAACAAAUCAAUAGACUUGACUGAUAUACAAUAUGUACUGUGUUAGAAUACUUUAGUGACCUGCUAUGCACUGGUCUCUUGAUGUUUGUUACUGAUUCACUAAACACAAUAUGUAGAGUAGCUCUUCACUUGUUGAGUUUGCCUAUGGGGCUAACACGUUAUUGAUAUAAAUUAUUGAUUAAUAUUUUCUUACGCUUUGUAAUUAUUUGUACACAAUGUGCGAGAUAUAAAGCCCUACUCCUCAAUGUUCUAAUUUUUGUUUACCUUAAUAUCAUCUGACUACCUCUUUGAUCACAUUCAUCCUUUUCUUGGUCGUCCUCUUAGCAUUGAACGCUCAGAGCGACGUUCGAAUUGUUGUUUGUUUGGGCUCUAUUUGAAGACAGAGUUGUGAUUCGUGUCAACUCCUUGCCCUAACUUCAAUAUCAACAGAUCUAAAUGUUAUAAUGUGAACACUUGCCAGGAACGUUUCUUUUGUAUUUAUUUUGCCAUGUUGACUUUCAGCUUAUAACAGAUGAUAAAUACUUCUAACGUUUGUGAUAUUUAUGUUUGAUUCUUAUUUGUAUAUCUCGAAUCAGAGGUUCUUAAAUUUGAUUAUGGAGUUCAAUGGAUCGAGUCUAGAAAGAGACAAAACAUAAAACUUACUGGGACUAAGACUAGACCGCUGAUCGCAGUUUGAGCAGCCCUGUACAAAACAAAACACCAACAGACAUAACUUAUUGGCUGAGAAGGAAUACAAUUCUGUGUUGUCCUUACCACCCUAUUGUUUAAUGUGAAAGGAUCUGUUGUGCCUUGCUCAAUGUUAUCAUGACAAACAAGAAAAUGAUCCAAUAUUUCAACAAAUCUUUCUGUUACUUGUGUUUGGAAUAAAGCUGUUUGCAAAUGAUGCCUCACUGUUUUCAACUUUUUUAAAAAUUUCGUUAAAUGUCAAUGUGAGCAAGUGGAAAGUGUUCUAGACCAUUCAUCAAAAAUAGAAAUGCAAUGCAAUCUAAGACACACGGUCAUUACCGAUGCUAGUGAUAUGAAGUACUGGAUGGACUACUAGAAGUGUAGCAAACGUAUAACUCGAUAAUGUACGUAUGAAACACGCAACGCAUGGAGCCAGUGAGCUUCUUACACGACCAAAGGAUCGGACAGGACUCGUGUCCCAGCAUCAGGGGUCAUAUGACCCACCCAGAGUCUGCCCAUUUAUCGCGACUGUUUCCUUCACAUGUGCCAAUGAAACCGUCUGGUUUUCUUAUCACAUGUUAGUUGUUGUUAUAAAGUGUCGCUUUGAACCCUUCAUGACCACUGAUAAGAUUCAUACAAAUCAUACAAAUAAUUGGCUACAGGAUCUCUGAUAUCAACUCAUUGGCUACAGGAUCUCUGAUAUCAACUAAUUGGCUACAGGAUCUCUGAUAUCAACUAAUUGGCUACAGGAUCUCUGAUAUCAACUAAUUGGCUACAGGAUCUCUGAUAUCAACUAAUUGGCUACAGGAU